CCGAAGCCGGGCCACACGAUCCAGUAUCUUCCAGCGCAACCCACUCAAGCACGACGCGCACCACAGCUGUAGUAACCACGUCUUGUCGAUGGACCUUGCAUCUCACCAAAGAGGCGUCCAGGAGCGCACGUUUUGCAACUGGUUGAACAGUCGGCUUGAGUCUCAUGGCUACCCUCCAAUGAGCUCGCUCGCUACGGAUCUUUCGGACGGAGUGCGCCUGAUUCAGCUUGUCGAGAUCAUGGGGGAUGCUUCGCUCGGGAGAUACAACAAGGCCCCCAGGAUGCGCGUGCAGAAGGCAGAGAACGUGAACAAGGCCUUGGAAUUCAUCAACUCCCGAGGCGUAAAACUCACAAACAUUGGUCCCGAGGACAUCAUCGACGGAAAUCUGAAGCUAAUUCUUGGGAUGAUCUGGACUCUAAUCUUACGAUUCAGCAUAGCGGAUAUCAGCGAAGAGGGCCUUUCAGCAAAAGAGGGGCUUCUUCUAUGGUGUCAGCGCAAGACCGAACCAUACGUGGAGGUCAAUGUGCAAGAUUUCUCUUCUAGCUGGUCUGAUGGCCUCGCCUUCUGCGCCUUGAUACACGCCCACCGCCCCGACUUACUCGAUUACAACAAGCUAAACAAGUCGGACCGCCAUGGAAACACCAGACUUGCGUUUCAAAUAGCUGCAGAGGAGCUUGGCAUUCCAAGGCUUUUGGAAGUUGAGGAUGUCUGCGAUGUUCCUCGUCCAGAUGAGCGCAGCAUCAUGACGUAUGUAGCAAGCUAUUUCCACAGAUUUUCUUCGAUGGAUCAAGCCGAGACUGUCUCCCGUCGCGUUGAAAAAUUCGCCGAGUUGAUGCAAUCAAUAUGGGUCAGCAGGAACGAUUAUGAACGUCGCGCACGUUCCCUUUUGUCCGCGUUAUCCCAAGUUCAAGACGAAUGGGCCGCGGUUAUCUUCACUGGCAGCUAUGCUGAUGCUAAGGACCACUCAGCGAGCUUUGCCGCGUACAAGCAGACGACAAAACGACAGUGGGUUACCGAGAAACAGGAUAUCACGACGUUGCUUGGCAAUGUGCAAACUAAGCUUCGAACUUACGGGCUGAAGGACUAUGUACCACCGAAGGGUUUGGCUUUAACGGACCUCGACCGCGCGUGGGAGGCGCUCUUGUCAUCGGAAGCGAAGAGAUCGCGGGCAAUCAAUGCACAAAUACGAGAGAUCAAGGAGUCGCUGCGGAAGAAGUUUGCAUCCCUCGCAAACGAUUUCGCACAGCAGCUGCAUGGGAUCUCGUCCGAACUCGGCGCCAUUGGUGGUCCACCAGAGGAACAACAAGAACAAGUUGAACGACUUCUAACCCGAUUACCCGGGGCCAGCGAAGCGCUUCAUCUGGUCGCGUUGGCAGAUGCGGAAUGUACUGCCGCCAAUGUGGAAGAGAACGACCACACAGUUUUCAGUUACCAGGAUCUUGAAUUUGAACUCGAACUGGUCGAGCAGAGUAUCACCAAACGGCUUGCCUUCCUCACGAACCAGAUCAUCGCCCGGAAUGCUACCAGCUUAACACCAGAACAAUUAGAGCAGUUUGAGAGCACGUUCCGGUACUUCGACCACGAUAGCACGAACACGUUGAAUGAGUCGGAGAUGGCGGCGGCACUGGCAAGUUUAGGUAUCGUGUACUCGGAUGAAGACCUGUACUCGAUUUACGACGAGCUCACACGGGAAUAUGGUGCUGUUACGUUCGAGGCGUUCAUCAACUUCUUGGUCGACAUACUUGAAGAUCAAACCACUGCAGAACAGUUACAGGAAGCAUUCCGCGGCAUUGCCUCCGACAAGCCCUUCGUCACCGAGUUGGACCUCAGAGUCGCGAAACUGCCGCCUAGUGCCAUUGAGUAUUUGACCAAGGCCAUGCCUUCUCAAUCAAACGAAGUGGGAGAACCUGAAUUCGAUUACGAGGGGUGGUUACGAGAAGUUUUUGAUCGGUGAUUACGCUCAAA